AUGGCGAUCCAAUACAUAAUAUCAAAACGCCUCGAUCCUCUUUUCGCCAUAUCGAUCGGUCUCGCUGCGGCCUUUACACGGAUAAAUCGCGAAGAGAAAGAGAAGGGCAGGUCGACACAGGAGAGUAUAGAUGUUCUGAAGAGAAGGUGGAGUCUUGCAUGGCAGCAGGGCAAUGAGGUCGAAAAUAAGGCUUGA